GUCGUGCAUGCCUUCUAUAGGAAUCAUGAAUACCAAUGAAGCGUGAUAUUCACAAUAUAUAAUAUAUCCAAUGUACAUGUACAUUGUAGGUAAUUCUGAUGGAUAAUGGCAUAUCACAAGACCUGGCGCAGAUGUCGGACUGAGGUUCAUGCUCUAGCUGCCCACGGUAGUAGUAGUGAUGAGGACAACCAAGUACUUGAAAGAACACACUAUUCCUCCAGUGGACAAGAUGAGCACCUAGGUUGUGUUGUUGCCUCGCCAACCUCAGCACACACUGACAGUUCUGAUAUAGAAAGUGGUCAUUGUCCAUCUAAUUCCUCAGCCAUUCUCGAAUCUGAUUUCAACUCUAACUUGGAAGAUGAUGACUCAUCAGGAGGGUCUGAUAUUGAACUAGAUACAAACGAUAAACCAGACUUGGACGACAAACUUCGAAAGUGGGCCACUGAAAAUAAGCUCACACGUGCAUGUGUAAAUGAACUUCUUGCAAUCUUGAGGCACGAAGGACAUGAGCUUCCGAAGGAUGCGCGCACUCUCCUCAAGACACCAAGAUCUGUGGUUGAUUCUGAGAAAUGUGGAGGAGAAUAUGCCUAUUAUGGACUGGAAAAAUGCAUCGUUAAAAUUUUGGUGAAGCAUGAGAACUUUGUCGAGGAAAAUAACUCAAUAUCGCUGAAGAUCAACGUCGAUGGAACACCUUUAUAUAAAUCAACAAAUGAUCAGUUCUGGCCCAUACUUGUUUCAUUUGACAAUUUUCUUCCAGGUGUUGUUGCACUCUUUCGUGGUAAAUCCAAGCCUGAGCCGUUGGAACAUUUCUUGGAAGAUUUUAUUGAGGAGUAUUCCCGACUUGUUGAAGAAGGCAUUACCUAUGAUGACAAAAAGCUUAAUGUGCACAUCAUGGCUUUUAUAUGUGACGCCCCUGCAAGGUCAUUUUUAAAAUGUACCAAAGGACAUUCUGGUUACCAUGCCUGUGAAAGAUGUACAGUGAGAGGAGGAUAUGAUGGAAGGGUUGUCUAUAACACAGUUGAAGAAAUUACUCCAAGGACUGAUGAGCAGUUUCUUGAAAUGGCAUAUUCACCAGAUCACCAGCUUGAGCGUACACCUUUGAUUGAGUUUGGAUUUCCAUGUGUAACGUCUUUUGUGCUGGAUUACAUGCACCUCGUUUGUCUUGGAGUUGUUCGAAGGAUCCUUGUUUACCUGAAAAAGGGACCAAGAGUAUGCAAACUGUCAAUACAGCUUCAAAAUAGAAUAUCCGACAACUUAAAGCUGCUAAACGGACAGCUGCCCUCGGAGUUUGCGAGACAGCCCCGCACAUUGGACAUUUUGGAAAAAUGGAAGGCAACGGAAUUCCGCCAAUUCCUUUUGUAUACGGGACCUGUCGUAUUAAAAGGAAUCGUGGAUGAAAAUUUGUAUGAGCAUUUUCUGACACUUAGUGUUGCAAUGUCUUUUAUCCUGGAUAAUCACGAUGACAAACGAAAUGAAUAUCUCCCUUAUUCUCGACAAUUGCUGGAGUACUUCGUUGGAAAUUGUCAAAAUAUCUAUGGACCCACAUUCAAUGUUUAUAAUGUGCACAAUCUAACUCACUUAUGUGAUGAUGUGGAACAUUUCCAAUGCUCCCUGAAUGAACUGUCUGCAUUUCCAUUCGAAAGUAAAUUGAACUUUGUCAAGAAGCUUGUUAGAAAUGCGCACAAUCCUAUUGCACAGGCCACAAAACGGAUGACUGAAUCGGAGGAAGCUGGGGCAGUUGUAAUGGUUCAUGGAAACUUUAAGUAUAUUUCCGUCAAGAGGAAGGAUAGUUGUUUUUUACUGAGAACAGAGCAGUUUGCAUUUGUUAAAGAGAAACGAGAUGAUGGUUAUUGUGUUUGUGACAUCACAAGGAAACGCCACCUGGAAAAUUUGUUCACCCGUCCCUGUCAGUCAAUGCUAUUGAACAUUGCUUUUAUCACGGAUGAUAACAUUGGCAAUUGUAGGAGAAGGAUUCUUCAUGAAAAUGAAUUGUACCGCAAGAGCAUAUGUCUGACACACAGUAAUGGCUUUGUGUUGUUGCCAAUGCUGCAUGGAGAAGAACGACAGUAGUACAUUGCAUCGUAUUAAUUCCACAA